CUCGCAUAGGUCGGCUGUUCUAAUGAAUUAUCAGCAUUCAUACCUUAGAGUAGACUGUACCUUAAGCAGUAAGAGAAGGAGACGGUCCGGAGCGACUCUCAUCUCACGAUCGUGCCUUUCUGUUGUCAUUUGGACCUAAACUAACAUGGCAAACGGGCACAUCCACGACCCAGUCUCCAACGGCAAUGGCCUCACCAGCCAACCAGACUGUAAAUCGGACUCUGGCACAGACAGCAUGGAGGACACGGCCGAGUUCAGAGUCAUGAUGGCAUUCGCAAAGAGGCGACGGCAGGGAAAGAGCGUUGAAUCAUCCAAACUGGAAAGCCCGGACUCACUUAACGGUGUCCCAGAUUCAAACGGAGCGUCUUUGCCUCAGACUCCGGUAAAGACUGAAAAAGAAACACCAGAGGUGGAGGAGAAAGAGAAGAAGAGGAAGAAGAGGGGUGGACUAAAGAAACUCAAACACAUCACCAACAUUUUCAGAUGCAUCAAACCUCAGACAGAUGAUGAGAAACCACAGGAAACACCUGUGACAGAAAAUGAUGUAGAGGACAGAUGUUUUAGAACCAAUGUUGUUAAAGAUGAUGAAGUAGGAAAAGCAGAUAAGUUUGCUGAAGUGGCGAGCAGGCUGGCAGAGAUCGCAGAUGAAAUCCCGUUCACGCCUCCAGAACUGGAGGCAGACGGUCCAGAUGACGACGUGGAGAAGGUGAUCGGCCUGCUGCUGAGGGAGAGUGGAGACAGACUGAAUGACAGCGUGUUGGGUCGAUCCCUGUCAGACAUGGAGCUCUUCUGGAACUACAAUUUCUUUGAGACGUUAAUAAAGACGCUUCUCAGAAGGAUGGGCCUGAUCUCUGACCCCAACUCUCCGGGACCACAAACGUCACCAAAGACCCAGAUCGCCAUUACCUGUGAGGUCGCCAGUCGUCUGUCUGCCACGGACACUGUGCCAAUGAGCCGAAUGCUGGGUUUCGGAGCCACGUACCUGCAGAACCACUUUUCAUCCUGGACAGAGCAGCAGGGGGGAUUGGAGGCAGCCUUCGACAGUGAAGAUGAAGACGAGGACGUUCAGUGAACAGACAGUGUAUUUCCAGCUCCACAGCGCUUUCUGCUGUCCCCUCCGCCACACUGCACUUUCAAGAUCUGCUGACUUUCAUGAGCCAGUUCAAACACGACUCUCAGGGAC